AGCAUCUACAACCUUUACUGUAGCAACUGCCCGAGCAGGAGUCGCUGCAGCAUGGGACUCAGCUGCUUCAAGUCCUGGAAACAUGACGGCACUGGCCACAAAGGUAACAGAGACGUGUUGGCCAGUCCAGGUUCCUAUUUCUUCCUGUCCAACAGUGCAGGUCAGGGUGAUGAGUGGCUGAAGAGCCUCAACAAGGGAGUCUGGAUCCCUUUCACAGGGGUCUUUGGCCAGCGUCUGGAGGAGACGGUGCUGUAUGAGCGACGCUAUGGGCUGCGUUUGGUUCCUCUGGUGGUGGAGCAGUGCGUGAACUUCAUCCGGGAGCGUGGCCUGCACGAAGUGGGCUUGUUUCGCCAGCCAGGACAGGCCAGUCUGGUGAAAGAGCUGCAGGAGGCGUUCGAUGCCGGGGAGAGACCGUCGUUCGACAGCAGUAGCACGGACGUCCACACGGUGGCAUCGCUGCUGAAGCUCUACCUCAGACAGCUGCCGGAGCCUCUGAUUCCUUACAGCUGCUACCAGGACUUUCUGUUAUGUAGACAGACGCUCAAGAGUGACCACACACAGGGUUUGAGGGAGUUGCGGAGUCUUCUUCACGAUUUGCCAGUCGCAAACUUUAACCUUCUCAACUUUAUCUGCCAGUUUCUGAACGAAGUGCAGAGUUACUCCGGCAGCAACAAGAUGAGCGAUCAAAACUUGGCCACAGUGUUUGGGCCAAACAUCCUCCGAGCUAAAGCUGAAGACCCACAAAGCAUCAUGGGAGGUGCAGCGUUAGUCCAUGUGCUGAUGUUGGAGCUGAUCAGGGAGCACGAGUCUCUGUUUGCCAAAGUCUCUCCACCCAUGUCCUCGUAUCCACCUGAAGGUUCACAUGCAUCGCCGAGUGCUCUGAGGCACCCUCAUCUUCAGACGUCACCCCGGCUUCGCCAGCUGUCCAUGCCGCUCAUUGCGGAAUGCUCUAGAGAGCCCGGACAGUCCACCACAGAGGAACAGAACCACCGUAGCUUUAUCUAUGGUGCUGCCGCCAACCUAGACUCGUCCUGGGGCCAGAAGAGACUUCUCGGCCAUCGCUACACUUCCUCCCACCCAGAGAACUGCUUCUACCCCCUGCCCUCCUCCAGUCACCCCCCACAGCACCAAUCCGAGAGACCGGAUUACCACCAGGAUCAGGCCGGUCAAGGAUCAUACUCUGCAAAUGUACAAGCUUCUACAACCAGCCUCCAACAACAAGACCCUCUGCCAGACAGCUCCAAGCCCAGAUUGAUACUCGUGGACUGGUCAAAGCCGUGGCCAGAUCCUGGAGAAGCAGAAGCUGGUUUCUGGAGCUCUGGUGCUGCAGAUAGAGAGAGUGCAGUGCAAGAUGCAGCUAGUGGGGGCAGCAGUGAGGCACAGGAGGACAGCACCCCUUCUGCCUAUGACAACCUGGACAGAGUGUCUUUACACCAAAGGAUGGAGGACGUCACUGGUGAACACCCUGAAACCAAUGAUCCAGGAGACCAUAUGCGAACUUGUGAAGAGGAGGGAGAACCAGAGGAAGCUCAGCAGAGAAGGGACUCCUCGUCAUGGUCGUCCUACGAGUUUCUACCACUGGACAAGAGCACCGGCGCUGUGGGGGCGGUUAACGCCGACAUUUCACCAAAGAAACCUGAGAGGUUCUCAUCCAAUCAGGCAGCAGAAGAGCAAAACUGUGAUGGUGGUGAUCAUGAAGACACCAGCAAUAACAAUGAUGACGAUGAAGAUAAUGAUGACGAUGAUGACAGCGUCCACCAUCUCAACUCCCCGGCCUCUGCACUCAGUGCCAGCCCCAUCAGCACAGGCAGUUCGGAGGUGUUCCUCCCCUCUGGUCCUCCAGACGUCGAUGGGCCUGAAAAUCCACCACAGUCCUGGGAGGCUCACUCAGUCCUGGCCAAGCUGCAGCAGCAGAUGGCCCAGCAGAAGGCCGAGUACCAGGCCAGGAUACAGAGGUUGGAGCGCUGUAAUGACGUCCUUGAGCGGCAGGUGGCAGUGCUCCGGGUCAAUCUGCAGCAGCAGAAGCGCAGCCAAAGUGUCACCGAGAUCAAGAUCCGCAACAUGGAGCGAGCCAAAGCCGAUGCCGAUCGACGAAACGACACGCUGCAGAGAGAAAUGGAGAUGUUCUUUCAGAUGUAUGGAGAGAAGAGAAGAAGAGGACGAGAGGAAGGGAGAGGAGGGGGGAGUCUCUAAAAAGAAAGAGAGAAUUUAUUUGGAACAGUCAGAGGAGGAUAAAGCAGGAAUGAGCCUGACGGAAGGGACGGACGGAUGAACAGGGAAGGGGAAGAACACGAUGAUGACAGAAGAUUCAACUUCGAGGCUGAUGGAUUAGUUGAGUGGAGAAACUGAUGGACUCUGCAAAUUCUCAAAUUCCUCAGACAAACUGCAUCUUUCGAGGAGACGAGUUGAGAAACCACAUCAUUCCGUCUGAAUUCAUUCCUGAACAACAGAGCUCUGGUGGAUUCCUGGGAACUGAAGGCUGGACCAGACUAUAAGACCGUCAGAACCGCUUCCGCCCACACAACAAUCAUUAGUCUGUUGACCGAGGGGAUCGGUACCUGGACUGAUCCGACUGGAACGCAUGUCAGAUGUUGAGGGUGAGGCCCGGAUCAGAGUUGGUCCACUGCCUCCCUCAUUCUGUCUUCUGCUCAGACUCUCACAAUCAAACGUUUCAAGAAGAAAGUCAAGAUGAGUCUCUGAGAUAUCCUUUCUGACAAAAGAGUUUCAGUCCCAGUUCUAAAAAAAUAUGAGGGGCAGCGAACUCAUAGCCAAAGUUCUGUAGUCUGAAGUGGGCUUCAGAAAACUUUGAUGCACAGAAUGUUCACACAUCUGAUUAGUUGGUAUUUAAAGAUUUCUGGAUGAUUUCACUCUGACUCUUUUUGCUAUGAUGAUAAUAACGAUAAUAAUAAUGAAACUGACUGGAUGCUACAUUAAAUGAUUUGUUUUUCCAGAGACCUGCAGUGCAGCAUCGUACCGUCUGAAACUGUUUUCACAAAGACUGAGUGUGUCGACCUCUGAACAUCUGUUCCCUGCAUGAAGUUUCCAAUAAAC